AUGCGGUUGGAAGGCGCUAAGUGGGCGCUGCUGGUGUGUCUCGUUUUCUCAGUAAGCUGUAUCCAGAUCGAUGCUUACUCCCAGGUACUGGUCAGUGGCAAUGGAGCGGAAACGGGGCAAGGUCCUCGAAUUUUUAAGGCCCUUAAUACGGAUUUGAUAUUCCCGAAAACCUUCAACUCCAGCGAUAAUGUUGUAUCGACCACUUUGGCUCCUCCAACGACAUCCCUGCCACCGAUUUCAUACAACCAUCAACCCGAGACGGUUUCUGGAACAACAAACUCACCUGUGUUUGUUACACCUUUGGUUGCUGAAGAGCCGGCUGGGGACAGUAAACCCGCUCCUGAUACUAACACUGCUUCCGAGGAACAGCCUGAACCAAUUGUGGAAGCAGCUUCCACAGGACGCGCAGUGGACUACCGGACAGCGUAUUCCUUUGGUCAGCUAAUUACUCCGUUGCUGAGGGCCGGCAAGCCACAGCAGUACAACUCGCGACCCGCACAGACCCGUAUUUAUCCGCAAGGUAGUCGUCCCCUGUAUUACUCUUCCUCAUCUUCAUCACGAAAUCCAUCUCGCCAUCAAGCUUCGAAGCUCAACAAUAAAAAAGGAUUCAGCGAUCGCUUCACUCCCGGAGAAGGAACCGCCGCAAAUCUGUUCAAGGCUCACAAUCACAAUCACAAUCACGACCAUAGCCAUGAUCAUUCCCAUGGGCAGGAUGGUAAGGCGGCCUCUGGAUCCAACUCUGUAAACACAUAUGUUGCUCCAAGUGAUGCCUAUUCAUUUCCGCCCUUAAAUACGAAGUACCCAUCGCCUUCGAAUGAUCCAAAGGCAGCUCUGCCCUCGGACACUGUUACGAGUUACCUACCACCCGCCUCUGGAGGAUUGAGUAACGCUGGUUACUCCUAUCCUGGGCCUUCAUUCUCUGGCUACAAGUACCCCGGUCCAUUGGCGGCAGGCAACGGCGACAAGGAAACAGCUGCCAGUUCCCCAAGUGCGUCGCCCCCAGCGGACGAUGAUCCCGGUAACGAUGAUGUGAUCGGAGUUCUGCCCGCCAGUGCUAUGGACAAUGUUCCCAUGAAGGAUAUGGAUGGCAAGGAUGCCGGUGGAAGUUCUGCCGCUGCAGAUGACGGAGAUAUGAGCCCGCCCGCAGGCGGAGGAGCAGAUGCUGGUGGGGGCGACGGAGACGACGGGGUUGCUGGAACUCUUCCAGCGCUCCACAACGAUGGCUCUCAUGGCGAAGACGAUCACAAGUACGAUCCCAACAUGGAGUACGCCACACCGCCUCCUGGCUGGCUGGAGUCUCACCCAGAAUCGGCUGUUCCCAAGCCAGAGGACCACGAUCACGAUCAUGAUCACGACCAUGCACCGGAACACAUUCAUGGUCAUCAUCACGACCAUUAUCCGGGUCACUUUGAUUAUCAGCCGUCCUAUCCGGAUGACUCCUACCCGGAUGUGAUUUACGAUGCCCAUCCGCAUCAUCACCACCAUGUGCACCAUCCGCCGCCGCCACCACCUCCACCUCCGCCACCACCACCUCCCCCGCCUCCUACUGAACCGCCUCCACCUCCACCGCCACCGCCAGAGCCGCGUGUGAAAAAGUACAGCUACUUUUACAUCGGCCGCAAGCUCUGGUACAUUCCCCUUUACUUUACUGUGUGGUUCAGCUUUUACAUUCUGUGGCUGAUCAUCAAGUCCAUUGGCCGGCACAAGGUGAACCUGCCCAACCACUACGUUUCGAGACGCAGUGCGCCGGAUCCGUUUAGCGAGCAGGGUCGGGACGAAUACAUAAACGAGAUGACAGUGAAGGUGCUGGAACACAUCGAUAGCUUUAAGCAGAAAUAUUUGAACUGA